UCCUCCCCUGCGCCCCGCCCGCCCGGGCUCAGACGGAGACAGGACAGCGGACGGCAGCCGCGCCCAGUGCCCCCCGACCAGCCUAGCCCAGCGGGGACCCCAUCGGACCGGACAGGCCGAGGCGGGCCGGGACAGGACCGCUUCUUGGGCUCCCGCCUGCGCCCUUGCUCGCCCUCCCUCCGUCCGUCUGCGGGCCUUCCCUGGCCCGCGCCGCCCGCAGUCACCUCUCCGUCAGACGCUCGCGCCAUGUUCAGCUGGCUGAAGCGCGGGGGCGGCGGGGCCGCCCGGGGCCAGCGGGCUGAGGCCAUCCGCACGGUGACCACGGCGCUCAAGGAGCUGUACCGGGCCAAGCUGCUGCCGCUGGAGGAGCAUUACCGCUUCGGCACCUUCCACUCGCCGGCCCUGGAGGACGCCGACUUCGACGGCAAGCCCAUGGUGCUGGUGGCCGGCCAGUACAGCACGGGCAAGACCAGCUUCAUCCAGUACCUGCUGGAGCAGGAGGUUCCGGGCUCCCGCGUGGGGCCCGAGCCCACCACCGACUGCUUCGUGGCCGUCAUGCACGGGGAGACCGAGGGCACCAUGCCCGGCAACGCCCUCGUCGUGGACCCGGACAAGCCCUUCCGCAAGCUCAACCCCUUCGGGAACACCUUCCUCAACAGGUUCAUGUGCGCUCAUCUUCCCAACCAAGUCCUGGAGAGCAUCAGCAUCAUCGACACCCCGGGCAUCCUGUCUGGGGCCAAGCAACGAGUGAGCCGAGGCUACAACUUCCCCGCCGUGCUGCGCUGGUUCGCCGAGCGCGUGGACCUCAUCAUUCUGCUCUUCGACGCCCACAAGCUGGAGAUCUCCGACGAGUUCUCGGAGGCCAUCGGGGCCCUGCGGGGGCACGAGGACAAGAUCCGCGUGGUCCUCAACAAGGCGGACCUGGUGGAGACGCAGCAGCUGAUGCGCGUGUACGGGGCGCUCAUGUGGGCGCUGGGCCGCGUGGUGGGCGCCCCCGAGGUCCUGCGCGUCUACAUCGGCAGCUUCUGGGCCCAGCCCCUGCUGGUGCCCGACAACCGGCGCCUCUUCGAGCUGGAGGAGCAGGACCUGUUCAGGGACAUCCAGGCCCUGCCUCGCCACGCCGCCCUGCGCAGGCUCAACGACCUCGUCAAGCGGGCCCGCCUGGUCCGGGUGCACGCCUACAUCAUCAGCUACCUGAAGAAGGAGAUGCCCUCCGUGUUUGGGAAGGAGAACAAGAAGAAGCAGCUCAUCACCAAGCUGCCCAUCAUCUUCGCCAAGAUCCAGCUGGAGCAUCAGAUCUCCCCCGGGGACUUCCCCGACUGUGAGCAGAUGCAGGAGCAGCUCAUGGUUCACGACUUCACCAAGUUCCACUCGCUGAAGCCCAAGCUGCUGGAGGCCCUGGACGAGAUGCUGACCCAGGACAUCGCCAAGCUGAUGCCGCUGCUGCGCCAGGAGGAGCUGGAGAGCCCCGAGGUGGGCGUGCAGGGCGGGGCCUUCGAGGGCACCCACAUGGGCCCCUUCGUGGAGCUGGGCCCCGGGGAGGCCCUGGGCGAGGGCGGGGAGGAGGGGGACGAGGAGGCCGAGUGGGUGGUGACCAAGGACAAGUCCAAGUACGACGAGAUCUUCUACAACCUGGCCCCGGCCGACGGCAAGCUCAGCGGCUCCAAGGCCAAGACGUGGAUGGUGGGCACCAAGCUGCCCAACUCGGUCCUGGGCCGCAUCUGGAAGCUGAGCGACGUGGACCGCGACGGCAUGCUGGACGAUGAGGAGUUCGCGCUGGCCAGCCACCUCAUCGAGGCCAAGCUGGAGGGCCACGGGCUGCCCGCCGACCUGCCGCGGCACCUGGUGCCGCCCUCCAAGCGCCGCCACAAGGGCUCGGCCGAGUGACCGCCCGCGGGCCCCGCCCCCGGCCGGCCCGCGCCGUCCUCCCGCCGACGCCCCGGCUCCCCUCGGAGCCCGCCGUGAAUCCCCCGGCCGGCCGGCCCCCCACUCCCAGCCGGAGCCCGUCUGUUCCGGCCUGGGCCCCGCUUCUUUGUCUCCGGCUCUCUGCCCGUCCUUGGGUCUCCGGGACCCCUCCCGGCUCCCAGCCGGCCUCGCUGUCUAUCCCCCCGUGUGUCCGCCGUGCCCGCUGCCCCCCUCCGGCCCCCUCUGAACUCCCCACGCUCCCCCGCUUCCUCCUCUCCAUCUGUAAGCUUCUCUUGGGAUCUCCCCCACACACCCAGUCUUGGUCUCCUCCCCAUCUUCCCAUUCCUCCCCCCCAGCCCCGGCCCCUCACACCCCUCACUCUCCCCCCUCAGACAGACUCUACUUGUCACACCUGCCCCAAAUGUGAAGCCUUAGGCCCCAGCCUGGCCCCAGGAGGCCCUUCCCAACGACUUCCAAAGGCCCCAGGGCUCCAUGGACUAAACCAUCCUCUCCCUCCUCCAGCUCCACCCCCCUCCUCCCCCUAGGAAGGGGCUUUUGCAAGGAGCUGGGGGGGAGGGGAGGGCGGCCUCCACAUGUCCCACCCCCAACACUCGCACACUCACACCUCACACACUCACACUCACUCACACACACUCACACUCACACUCACACCUCACACUCACACACACUCACACUCACACACACCUGGUUGAUCGGUAGAUACAGUAUGAGGACCAAGGAGAGGGAAUGAGUCCGAGGCUUAAAGCUGUGUAUACACUCAGCGUAUAUGCAUUGUGCGUGCAAUAAGUGGAUGCAGGUUUGGGGUAUGUGACCUGGGGAAGGAGCCUUCCAGGCCCCAAUCGUUGAGUCCGUAUGGAAGGCGGGGAAGGGGGCCCUGGGAGGAUGGAGAGCACAGAUUCGCUCCCACCCUCCCUGCUCCCGCUCCUCCUGUGCCCAACACCAGUCACUGAUCCGGGUCAAGGGCGAGAUCAGGCUGGGAGGGAGGCGACUGUCCUGGAGCCGAGCAGCGGAGGGUGAUUUCAGAGGGAAGAGAGUUGGGUUUCUUGGAGGGUUCCGGUCCGGGUCCCAGCGCCUCCGAGGUGUCUGGUCCAGAGACGCCCAGGGCCUCAUUGCGGCAGUCGGGUCCCUCCGGGAGCGUCCAGCCCGGCCGUCAGAACCCAGGCCCGGGGAGCUAGCUGCCUUCUGAUUCCCCGGGGUCUCCGGCCCUUGUCUAGUUAUGGAGCUCAGGCGAGGACCUUCGGCCGUAUUUGUGAUAUGGAAUGGGGGGUCCUUUAUUUCUGUGGUGCAUCCCCCCCAUCAGCCGACCCGUGUGUCCACAAAGGACGAGGGGAGCCCGACAGUGAGGGCCCAGGUCUCCAGAGGCCAUGUUUCCACCCUCCCCCUGACUGUGGCCCGACUCCUGCAGGAGUCACUUCCCAAAGAGCCAGAUGGAAGGGUGUCGGCACAUCCCGCCCUUUGUAUUACAGAUGGGGAAACUGAGGCCGAGUUAAGUGAUGUGCUUGGGGUCUGAGGGUCUGAGGCAAGAUUUCUUCCCAACUCUUUAGUCUGCAUGGGUCACCGAGGAAGGGCAGUGACCAGGGCCAGUCCCCUUCCCCUCCUGGGGACCCUGAGAUGGGAGUGGGAGCGUGGGGGCUUCCUCCCCCCAAAAUCCCCCAAAGAAGGGCUCCCCCCCUCACACACACACACACACACACUCACACACACUCACUCACACACACCCCUGUGCUUAGAGACCCCCAGAGGACACCGGUUCCUCUCUCAGCUGCCCGGCAUAUGUGGCAAGGCUGACCCCUGAAGUGAAGCCCAGCCCCACGGGGGUUGGGUGGAUGAGGGGAGGGGCUUGUCCACCCCGCGGAGCCCUGCCCGGCCUGAGGGAGAGCCAGCAUCCUCCGGCCAGCCCCGCUCUGCCAAGGGAACAGCGGUCUCGGGUUCCUCGCUGGGCCUCGGAACAGUCGGGGAAGAAGCAGCAGUUCCCAGGCCCAGGGGCCGAGAGGAGGGAGAGCGGCGCCCCCGCCCCGCGGUCAGCUGGGAGACCUCCCGGGAGGGAGGCAGCCCCCAGCCCGGGUGCCAUGUAAUGGGAGAGUGUGAUGUUCAGUAAUAAAAGUGCUUCUCACA